AUGUUCAUGUCGGACGGACAAGACGACGGCUUUCACGUCACAUGUAAAGCCUACCCCCAUCUAAGUGACUCAGAAUGGGAGGUAGUCGGCCGCAUGAGUGUGCUCAUGGGCGAACUUGCCAUCAGUGGUAUGUCGGAGUCUCUAAGCAGAGACCAGCAACAUGCUGCUAUCAACAAGUUCAACGAGGGAAACUUGCCGUCGAACGACAUUAGAUAG